UCUGUUGACGGAAUCAUGAUGCUCUUCUGCAGAUAGCCCAUCUCAGUCAACGUAAAUCAUUUGAGUUGGCAGCAUUAAUCAUACAGUUUUUAAUGCUGUACCAGAAAAACCAAGGCUGUGUUUCAUCUGGCUCAUUUACAAGACUUUGCUGGUGAAUCCAAGCACACCACAUGUCAGCCCUACUGAUCACAUACCAUAAAGUGAGUCAUGCAUUUGUCUCUUGCAAAAUAUGCUGAUGCACAUCAGAUAUCAGUUCCCUGUUACUGGAGCUUCCUGAUCCUUAAUGCGUUUUAACCUGUACUGUAACAUGAGAUAAAAUGCCCUCAGCCAGCAGCAUGUGCUACUUUGCACAGAAAAAAAAAAAAAACUCCUUGUAUUGUUGAGGUGCCUGUUUGCCAGUAGGGGUGAUCAUCAGUUUUGCGUAUAGAAACAGCGUCGUCCUUCCCCCCACCGCCUCUUUUUUUAACUUCUAGCAGAAGUGCGGAUGUGAGUUGCAUAUUGAUACGGAACAGGCCGCCAGUUUUUUUUUUUUUUUUCUUCUUCCCUGAAGCAAUGCUUGCUUAGGCAAUGAUCAUUUUUCUGGAGCUAUGAAUUCAGAGGAGCAGACGGUAACGUGGUUGAUAUCUCUGGGAGUGCUCAGCUCGCCGAAAAAGAAUAUAGCGGACCCGGAGGAGUUCCUGAAAACGUCGCUGAAGGAUGGGGUCGUGCUGUGCAAGCUCACGGAGCGGCUCGUACCUGGCUUCACUCCCAAGUACUGCCAGGAUCCGAGGACCGAAGCCGACUGCAUUUCCAACAUCAAGGAGUUUUUACGAGGAUGCUCGUCCCUGAAAGUAGAGGGGUUUGAACCAGAGUGUUUAUACACUGGCGAGAAUUUUGGGAAAGUGCUGACCACUUUGCUGGCAGUCAACUUUGCCACACAAGACUGUUCUGCUGAGAGGUCAUGUUCGCAGUCGGGUGCUCCGUCUCCUAGUCAGUCGACGUCUUCACACACGCUCUCCUCCGCCAAAUCCAAAGGCUCUCUGCGCAGGCAAUCCAAAUCUGUGGAGAUGUCUGAGAACGGUGGAGGCGGGCAGCAGAUGGUGAAGGCCCGCUACAACUUCAAGCAGAACAAUGAAGACGAACUGUCAUUCAAUAAAGGCGACACGAUCCUCGUGACGCGGCAGGAGGAGGGAGGCUGGUGGGAGGGAACGCUCAACGGCAAGACGGGCUGGUUCCCCAGUAACUACGUCCGGGAGAUCAAAGCCUGUGAAAAACCAGUGUCUCCUAAAGGAACUCAGUUGACCAAAAACUACUACAGUGUGGUGGUUCAGGACAUCUUGGAACAUGAGCGGGAGUUUGUCAAAGAAUUACAAACAGUGCUGACUUGUUAUCUUCGACCCCUGCAAGCCAGCGACAAGGUGAGCAGUGCAGACAGCACCACCUUGUGUGGGAACCUGGAGGAGAUCCUCACCUUCCAGCAGGGUCUGUGUGUGGCUUUGGAGGAGUGCACCAAAGUCUCCGAGGCCCAGCAGCGAGUGGCAGGCUGCUAUUUAAACCUGAUGUGUCAGAUCAAGGCGCUGUACUUGGCUUACUGUUCCAGCCACCCUUCAGCUGUUUGCAUCCUCACUGACCACAGUGAGGAGCUCGGCAAGUUCAUGGAGAGCCAGGGAGCCAGUACUUCAGGGAUAUUGACCCUGACCACCAGUCUCAGUAAGCCCUUCAUGAGGCUGGACAAGUACCCCACGCUGCUGCAGGAGCUGGAGAGACAUGUGGAGGAAGCCCACCCUGACUAUGCUGACAUUGUGAAAGCAACCGCAGCAUUUAGAAGCCUAGUGACACAGUGCCAGGAUCUGCGGAAGCGCAAGAACCUGGAGCUGCAGAUCUUGUCUGAACCAGUGCGGGCCUGGGAGGGAGACAGCAUGAAGAGCCUGGGACAUGUGGCCUACAUGUCUCAGGUCCACGUGAAAAAUGGGUCCAGUGAGGAAAAAGAGGAGCGUUAUCUAAUGCUUUUCCCUAACAUGUUAGUCAUGCUCUCUGCCAGUCCCCGGAUGAGUGGCUUUAUUUAUCAGGGAAGACUACCGCUGACAGGCACCACAGUAAUGAGACACACAGAGGAUGCAGACAGUGCCCAGUACGCCUUCGACAUCACAGGAAGCAUGAUCGACCGUAUUACGGUGUUCUGCAGUAGUGCCCAAGAGUUGCAGGAGUGGCUGGAGCACCUUCAGCCCUUUACCAAAGGAGGCAGCCCCGCAGGAACCAUCUCAAAGACUGUAGAAGGCAAGCCGCUGAGCAUGGUCGGCACCCCCACUCACCUGCCCCAUCUGGGCCCCCUCAGUCGCGGCCCUCUGGAGCCGCCGAAGAUCAGCAAGCCCUGGUCUCUCAGCUGCCUGCGCCCCGCGCCUCCCCUCAAGCCCUCUGCAGCACUGGGAUACAAAGAGAGGAUGUCUUAUAUCAUGAAGGACUCCAGCAAGAGCCCGCGGCCCAUGAAGAAGUUCCUGCCAGGCAACAGGAAGAAAGAGCGGAAGCCCUCCGAUGAUGAGGUUCAAAUAAGGAAAAGCACGGCCGCUCUGGAGGAGGACGCUCAGAUACUGAGGGUGAUUGAGGCGUACUGCACAGGAGCCAGCCUGCAUCAGACCACCACAGGUGUGCGUUUGUCGGUGCGGAAAGAGUGUGUCCCUCAGGUGCUUCUGCCAGAGGAAGAGAAGAUCAUUGUGGAGGAGAUGAAGAGCAACGGGCAGACGGUCAUUGAGGAAAAGAGUCUGGUUGAUGCUGUGUAUGCUUUAAAGGAUGAGGUUCAUGAACUAAAAAAGGAGAAUAAGUGGAUGAAGCAGUUCCUGGAGGAGGAGCAGAAGUCUCGCAAAGAGCUGGAGAGAGUCGUCCGGAAACUGGCCAAGCAGAAGAACGACUGUGCUUGGGACGACGCCGGCCACUGAGCGCAUCCAUGCAAUCAUCCCCACGCCCGCUGUGUGUCUGUGUGAAUGGCUAUAUAUUUUUGUACGCACGCUUGUGGAGAGACAGGAGAGGGGUCAGGUGUGUGUGUGUGUGUGUGUGUGUGUGUGUGUGUGUGUGUGUGUGUGUGUAUCUGCAUCUGUUUUUUUUUUUGUUUUUUUUUGCGUCUCCAUAUUUCAAUCACGCAGAGCAGAGUGGGACUUGCCUCUGAGCUUCAUCGCUUCAGGUGCUGGAGCACGGCGUGACGUUUUGAAAUCUGUCUUCCUGAUCCAGCCUCACUCGAUGAGACCACAAAUAUAUGCAGCUCCGCUAAAAACAAGACGGGGAUGUUUUUUUUUAAAAAAAAAAAAACAUACUGCCUCUUGGCGACUGGCACUGUGAACACUCCCCAGCACAUGGAACUAUGUUGGACAAGGGCAGAACGAUUUCUCUGCUGCUUCCUUGGCUUUAGUUGGAAAUAGACGGGGAGUACGAAGCCAUCGAGUCCGAUAGGUGUUCUCCUGCAUGCACUUCUGUUACCAAGGGAACUGAUUUUCUUCCCUGUCACAUCAUGACUUCUCAUUCUGUCAUUGUCAUAUUUUAUUGGUCACGAGGAGGGGAAGUGGAUUCAUUGAGCUCUCUUGAGCAAUUUUGUAAACGUUCUACUAGACAUUCGCAUCACAAGUUUCCAGGCUGUUUUUUUGAGUCGUUUCAAGCAAUUCAGCAUCAGAUUAGCCCUUCAUGUUAAACUCAGUUCCAACUGCAGCCUUUCACUGUUUAUUUAAAAAACUGCAUGAAUGUACAGUGUUUCUACAGUAUGACUUCUGCAUCAGAAAUGUGAUAAUCAAGAUAUUCAGAUAUAUUAGUCCAAAGCCAUCAGGGAUGCAGCUGCGUGAUAGAGUAGAAAAGGCUUAACUAUCUAUCAUUUAUUAUACUGGCAUACGCAAAUGAUGACAAAGAUGUCGCUCCUACUCUUCUUACUAGAAUAUAUUCAAGUAUCAUUUUAACAUAUUAAUUACAUAGCCUUGCUUUAUUUGGGAUUUUUUUUUUUAAUACUCUUUAUUUAUUGUUCACCAAAACAUUUAACUGUGUGUUAGCCUUAUCGAUAUAGUUCUGCUGCCUUCACAUCUGUCUGGAGUUUUACUCAACUGCACCGAUGUAGAAAGGCAGAAAAACAUCCCCAGUUAAGGGAAAAUGGACAUUUCUUCAUCACAAAAUAGGAAAAAAAUUACUUCAACAGUCAGUCCAGCUUGUGAAUUCAGAGGGUUUUUGUUUUUUUUUUUUUUGCCUGCAGCCUAUUUGGCCUCCCGGCAGGUUUUCUGCAUGGCAGAUGGAGACGGACUGAGGAAAUGAACAGAGAGAUUUAUUUGUGGGCGUAGAGUAGAGCUCAACUGUUAAAGUGCCUCCUGAAGGGGUCGAUAAACUUAAAGAGAGUUUUAAGACCAGACUGGGACUAAAUGCAUGAUUUAUACUGAAAGUGUCACAGGUGGUUUUGUAAUAUUUCAAUAAGAAUGACUCGAGCUUAAAGGGUAUAUUUAAGGGUCUGAAAAAAAAAACCCCAUACAGGGCUUUUGCGUGCAGCCUCUUUUCAAGGACCCACAGCGGUACAUUUCCUCAUGAGGUGUAGUGUGUGCACUGUCAAAACUGUUAUCUCCUCCUGCUGCACUGCUGUGCACCGGUGGAUGCUAUUGAAAUGCAAUAAGUGACUGCUUUACUGACUGACCGCUGGGUUAGACCCCGGCAUGGUGGGCCAGAUUUGGAGAAAUUGCAAUAAUAAUGAAUGAAUUAACCCGAGUUUAUUAACCAAAAAAAAAGGAGCCGACACGUGGUUCAGCCACCACAGAGUUAGGCUAUUUGUUGUUUCCAUUUGCCUUUUUUUUAAUUUAAUCAAGUCUCUUGGUAUUGGUGAUUGUUUAAAGGUCUCUGACCGCGUCCCAGCACACAUGACUCAAACUGUAAUAUUACUGUAAUACUGUACAAUCCCUGUUUGCAAAGUGCUUUUUCUGUGUGCACCUCUCACAGGGAGGUCCGAGCACUGUGCAGCAUACACAGCAGCACAGGUACAUCUAUU